AUGAUUAGAAAAGAUUUGGCUUGGUAUCAACAACUUUGUAAGCAAUUUAUAGAUAACAACAAUGACUACUUAUACGACCCUAAGAAUAAAAUUACCUAUUAUGCAUUGCAAAAAAGCGAUAUUUCUGAAGCAAGCCAAGUUGGUUCACAAUGUAUGGCUCGCAAUCCAUUCUAUCUAGCCAUUGGAAUGUCUGCUGAAGAAUAUCUUAAAGAUAUUGUUGUAACAUGUCAAAUAGCUGCUGAUGCUGGCAUUUCAAGUGUAGCUCGAGAUAGUCAUGGAAAUAUGGUAGGAAUAAAUCUGGUCUACUCUUUAUUCACAGCGAUUAAUGUUACGUAUGGUCAAGAAUCAUUUGAGCGAUGUGGUCAAAAAUUUACUCCAUUUCUAAAUGCUCUUGUGCAACUACUUAAAACAACACCAUGGCAUGAAUAUGGAGAUCCACAACGAAUAGCGUAUAUUGAUGAUUUAGCUGUUCUUAAGAGCGCUUCUGGUAUAGGUAUUGGAUUUAUUUUGCCCGAAAUUUCCGUAGCAUUAGCUCAACGACAAGGUUAUACCCAUAUUACCGGUAUCACUACCGAAAAGAUCUUGGAGGGAGAUGCGAAUGUACUUCCAAAUUGGAAAGUUAUUAACAGCAUCGAUGUAGCUAGUAUAGCCGGAAACGAUGGUAAAGAAAAAGCAUUUGAAUCCAUAGCCAGGCAAGGACACCUGCGUUUGCAAUGGAAACUAUUUAUUACUUAA